CCAUAAAAGCGCCGGGAGCCGGCGGGGCCGCGGCUCCAGUUGGCGGCAGCCGUGCCGGGCACCCGUGGGGCGGGCAGCGCGGCCGCCGCUCCGCAGCGCAGGGACCGCCGCCGGCCGCCCCCAAGAUGCUGUUUUGGCACACGCAGCCGGAGCAUUACAACCAGCACUCGACCGGCAGCUACCUGCGAGAUGUCCUUGCGCUGCCGAUCUUCAAGCAGGAAGAGCCGCAGCUGUCUCCUGAGAACGAUGCCAAACUACCACCCUUUCAGUACAUCCUCUGCACAGCCACCUCCCCCGCCGUGAAACUGCACGAAGAAACUCUGACCUACCUCAACCAAGGUCAGUCUUAUGAAAUCCGUCUACUUGAGAAUAGGAAAUUGGGAGAGUUUCAAGAUUUAAACACAAAAUAUGUAAAGAGUAUAAUUCGUGUAGUUUUCCACGACCGCCGUCUGCAGUACACAGAGCAUCAGCAGCUCGAGGGCUGGAGGUGGAGUCGGCCUGGGGACCGCAUCCUUGAUAUAGAUAUCCCGCUGUCAGUUGGUAUCUUGGAUCCCAGGGCUAGCCCAACCCAGUUGAACACUGUUGAAUUUCUCUGGGAUCCGUCAAAGAGGGCUUCAGCAUUCAUUCAGGUACAUUGCAUCAGCACAGAAUUUACUCCACGGAAACAUGGAGGAGAGAAAGGGGUGCCCUUCCGGGUGCAAAUCGACACCUUUAAGCAGAAUGAAAAUGGUGAAUACACAGAACACUUGCAUUCUGCAAGCUGCCAGAUCAAAGUGUUCAAGCCUAAAGGAGCAGACAGAAAACAGAAGACUGACAGGGAAAAAAUGGAAAAGAAGACCACCCAAGAGAAGGAGAAGUAUCAGCCUUCCUACGAGACAACUAUUCUCACAGAGUGCUCUCCCUGGCCAGAUGUGCCUUAUCAAAUGAACAAUGCUCCAUCUCCAAGCUACAACAGUUCUCCCAACAGCUUCAACCUCGGAGAUGGCAACAGUUCUCCAACCCACCAAAUGGAGCUCCUGCCUCCCAGCAAUGAUCAUCUCCUUCCUUCUGCUUCUAUUCAAGAUGCCCAGCAGUGGCUUCAUCGUAAUAGGUUCUCUCCAUUCUGUAGACUCUUCUCAAGUUUUUCGGGUGCCGACUUACUGAAGAUGUCCAAAGAAGAUUUUGUUCAAAUCUGUGGGCCUGCUGAUGGAAUUCGGCUCUUUAAUGCAAUUAAAGGAAGAAAUGUGAGGCCCAAGAUGACAAUUUAUGUCUGUCAGGAACCAGAGCAAAACAGGUCCCAUCUCCACCAAAAACGAGAAAAUGGAGAUGGCAGUCUUUGUGUGUAUCAUGCAAUCUUCUUAGAAGAGCUGACCACGCUGGAAUUGCUGGAGAAGAUUGCAAACUUGUACAGCAUUUCUCCACAGCAGAUCAAUCGGAUCUACCGGCAGGGACCCACGGGGAUCCACGUGUUAGUGAGCAAUGAGAUGGUGCAAAACUUCCAAGACGAAUCCUGUUUUGUUAUCAGUACAUUGAAAGCUGAAAGCAAUGAUGGCUACCACAUCAUUUUAAAAUGACCGUGCUGCACAGAGAGACUUUAAUGGCCGAAAACUUAGUGCCUCACUGAGAUUGCUACAACCUAGACUGGAAACACGAAGAACCUUCUGGAUAAAUGCUCCUGUGAACUAAGAAUUACCAAACAGCUUAAGAAAAAACUUGCUUUUACAGAUAGAAAUUUUUGGUGGUGUGUGAUUUUGGUGGGUUUGGUUUUUUUGUUUGUUUGGUUUGAUUUUUUUUGGUUCUUUUGGUUUUUUAAGCUGGAGCUGAGAAAAUCCUGAAAGCUUGUACAUGUUUUUCCCUCCCUCCCUUCCUCUUCAGUCUUGAAAAUUGUAGAGGUUUCUGCUUAUUACUUAGAAACAUCUGCCUUGUACUAAAGGGAAAUGAAAGAUAAACAAAUCCCAAUUCUCUUCACCCCUCAUGUUCGGAUGAAUUGCUUACAGUUCUGAAUGCUCUCUUGCUUUCAACACACACCCUGAUGCUGAUGGAUGUGGACUCCCCAGGAUUCCUCUUGUACUCUUUGAGGUGGAAGGCUGGGGGCUACCUCCCAAAAUGGAUUGGGCAUAGCAGAGGAUGGGUUUGGUGCCCAGCCUUCACUGAAGUGUCAGCUCUGGAAGUUCACACUUAGCUGUUCUCCACCUGCAGAUGUGUUCCAGGUGGACCCUGGUCCCUCCUGACAGACCUUCUGUAGUACCAGUCCAGCAGAACAGUUCUGUGGGGGUUCAAGGGAGGACAGACAACUUGUGGUGAGCAGUUCAGUACCACAUUAUCUGUAGCUUAAGAGUAGUCUCCUUGGAUGGAGCAUAUGAAGCUUUUCUGAGGAACUGUUUUGAGCAUUGGAAGCUAUAGUGCUCGUGACAAAUUCAUACUAUGGGUUUAUUCUACUCUACAAAUUAGUGAUUAACUGCUAUCUUUACUGUAACUGGGAAUUAGAAGUUAUAAUCUUAAUGGAUUUUCAUCCUCUUACUGAAGUGAAACUGUUUUGAUCAAGACCAGGUAACAGAUCAUCUUAGUUGCUGCUUCUUAUAUUCUCUUUCCCUUUUGACUCCUGUUUCCCAUAUCUGUAACUAUGUUCAGCUCCACCCUCCCUGGGUCUUUUAGGACUCCAUCCAGGCUCCAUUAAGCUGAAAAGGUGGCUUCCACUGAAGUCAAAGUUAAACUGGAUCACAUCUUCCUUGCAUGGAUGAAACCAUUUCCCUUUUGAUAGCUAACUAAUGUGGCUGUUUCCCCAAACUGAGUGUCCAUGCACCAUCAAAAUCUGAUUCUUGAACAUUUCAGUUCAUCCUGAACUGACAUGGAAAGCUGAAAUACCAGACAUUUUCCUGGAAUGGAAAUUUUUCAAAAAAUGAGAAAUUGUCAGCUGGAAAACACUGAAUAAAAUGUUCCAGCCUUUUGAAAUGGAAACAUUUAAUUAAAUCCAUUUGGCCCUUAAAGCAGCAUCAGUUUGAGCUACUGUUGCAGCCCUCAGAAAUUAUCAUUCGAGUGCCUUGUGCGCCGUGUCUCCCUUGGGGCCGAGCUCUUUGGCUGAAUUACAGAUCCCAUGAUGCUCCUACCCUGGGUUAGUCAAACAGGGAAUGCGUCAUGAGGGCUGGAGAGGUGCCCAGGGAAAAAGGGGGCCAUGGAGCCCUUGAAUUACAGCUCCCAGCUGACACUGGAGGAAUUCGGACAGACAUGGACUGAUAUUUCUCUGACAAGAGUUAUGUGUUUCAAGUUUUCCCAACGGAAAUAAACAGCAAAAUAUUGAGAAAAGCAACCUUUUUUUCAUUAAAGCAUCAAGUUUUGUGCAAAAAACCCCACCCAUCUCCACUGAUUUUUUUUUUUUUUUUAAACACCAAAAAUAAUACUAGAAUAGAAAACUUGCAUUACAAUGGGAAAACCUUCAGCCAACUCAGCUAAUUGAGCAGCAAUGCCUACUUAGGCACGAUCUUGCUCAAGUGACUGUCCUGGAUGCUCCAUGAAUUGUAGGCAUGCAAAAAGGAUGCCUAGGCUUUGGGACGUGGUGGUUCCCCCUUCUGAAAUGAAGGAAUUGAGGCUCCUUGGUUGAGAACCAAGCUGUGUAGCUAAGGAGGAGCUCCUGACCAUGGAAUCCAGGUUGUGGCCACACACAGCUGCCUUCCAAAACAGUGAAUGAAUUCCAGAUGCCUUUGUGAGCAGGUGGGACCAGUGUGCCCCUGUGUACCAGGAACUGCUUGAUUUAUUUUUAGAAGGUGCUUUGGAAGAUGGAUGUUGGCUGUGGUUUUUCAUCCUGCUCUGUAAUACUGGCCCAGUGCAUCGUAUGGCUGUCAUUGGCAUGCAGCUCAGGUGAAUCUGACCUCAUGGGAAGGGUUCUAAAUAGACCUUGAAGUUGCCAGGAGUGUAGUCUGUAAUCAUAUCAUAUCCACUUGGAUGUGAUAGCCCUGUAACUGAGGGGACACAGCAAUACUGAUACCCAGUAGAGUGAAGAAAGGAUAGAGGUGGCUUUGCUGCCAGAGUUAGGGACUGAGAACUGUUUGCUUGUUAUAAAACAUCUAACUUCUUGAUUCUUUUAAAAACCAGCUCUUACCCAUAAGGAAUUACAUGCCAAAGUCCUUAUAGUGUUUCAAUAGCACUUGCUUGAUGAAUUUUGAGUUGCUUCAGCUUAGAAUCGUAGAUUAUCUUGAGUUGAAAGGAACCCUUAAGGGUCACAGAGUCCAAUGCCCUGGUCCUUACAGGAGUACCUAAAACUGAUCCCUGUGACUAUGAGCGUCAUCCAGAGCAGCCCAGGUGCUCCUUGAGCUCUGGCAGGCUUGGUGGCAUGACCAGGGACAAGGGAAGUCCCUGGGCAGCCUGUCCCAGUGACCAACCACCCUCCCAGUGAAGAACCCUUCUCCAGUGUCCGGUCUGAACUUGCCCUGAUUCAUCUUCAGUCCAUUCCCUCACUUCUGCCACUGGUCACCAGAGAGGGGAGAUCAGCCCCUCUCCUCCACUGCUGCCCUUGAGGAAGGUGCAGAGAGACAAAGAGAGAAAGACAGACUUGUCUCACCUGUGUGUCAGGUAAUCCUUGAUUGUCCUUGGAUCUGCCAUCCCGGGAGGGACUUGUUUGACCUGUUUGUGAAAGGGACAGCCUUCAGAAAGGAACUUUUGUUUCCUCAAGAAUGGAGAAAGCACAAAUGUUUAGUUUGGGAUAGAUAUCUAAAUUGUAGAUAGACUAAAGGCAAGAGAGGCGAGUGGCUCCCGCUCAUCUAAAUAGCUUUUAGUUUUUUAUUAAGUGCCUGUUACACUUAUUUUUACUCUUUUUUAUUGUUGUUGCUUCUAUUUCUUUCUUAAAAAAUAAGAAAACCUACUCAAAGUAAUUUAACUGGAACUUUUUACAGCUAUAUGUGAAAUUUGUACAGCAGAACUUUGUAAGGACUGGGGCUUAGGAUAACAGGGAGUAAGUAACACGGUUUCCUAAAGUGUCCAGCUCUUCAGUUGUAUGUAUGAUGACAGCCACUAUGAGUAAAAGUGGGCUUGCUGGGGAUGAAAAGGCAGAAUCAUUAUGUGAUUAAUACCAAUAUGACUCCAGCCAGUACUAGCAAAGUAUAAACUUGCAUUCUUGUUGGAUCUGUACUGUCUGUUUGAAAUUUCAUAAAUCGUGGCAUUUUCUCUAUCAAUGGAGUAAAGUGAUAGUGAUCAAUUAAUGUGACUCUGGUGAUGUCUGGAAAACUCACAGUAAUGCCCAUGAUACACAACUGCAGGGCAGGGAGAGGGCAAACAAUCUGGUGAUAAAAUCUUGGCCAUCUGACUGAGGUGGCAGGACUGGUGCUAUUAAGAUUACAGCUCCUGUUCUUUCUGCUAGCCCUGCAUGCUUAAUUGGCUGAAGUAGAAAUAAUCAUUCAAUAUGGAAAAUACUGGAGUUCUCAUUGUCUUAGUGUGAAAUUUAAUGGGCAGAAGUUUCAGGACUUGGAGGUGGUAAAAGAUUCUUGCAUUUGAGAAGCCCUGAAUGGCACUCUCCUUAUAAUGUAACAUAUACAUAUAUAUGCAUAUAUAUAUACAUAUAUAUAUCCACAUACAUACUGUACUGUAUCAACACAUAUUUGUGCUGAGUACAUGUGUUCUUUGGCUUUAACUGGUACUCUGCUUUGUUUAGUUGCAGUUCAAUGUAAAAGACUCUGGUUGAUCAAGCUUCAAAACCCAGCCAUUCCUUGGGUAGAAAUGUAAAAGUCCAUAGUAGCAACUAGGUGAUUUGGACAUGGUACACUUGGAGUGAUGUAAGUUUGAUGAAUUUCUGCAAUACAAAUCCCAGGCCUUGGUGAAGAUGAGCAUGUUCUUUCACUGACACUGCAGUUCUACAUUGCAGCUUCUGAAAAUUAGUUAGAGUAACAGAGAAUUAGAUUGCCCAGUGCUUAGUGAACUAGUAAGGCUACUCCAUAAGCAGAACAACCAUACGAUGACUUUUCCUAGCUCAAUGUUGUAUUGCUUAAGCAUUGGCUGUAAUUCUAACAAUCAUCUGGUGGAUGACUCAAACAGGUUUUUUUGUCUCUUAUCUGUCGGGAUUUUUUUUUUACUUUUCAAAGAAAUGCUUAUAUUCAGACUAUAGCUUCUCUUUCUCCUCCAGUUAUGAAAUGGUUUAACUUUAUGCUAGUAAUAGAAAUCUUUUCAUUAGAUUAUAAUCUGUUUGACAGCACAGGGUACUCAGAGUGGGGAGUGUUUGGCUUUGAUCAUCACUACUGUGGGUGAAUAUGAGAAGGCAGACUGGAGGUGUAUCUACCAUCCUUGGCUCUCUCUAACAAAUGGGUUAAGCUAGUGCCUAAUUUUUUGUUCAUUUUUGAUUUGUACCUUUUUUUUCCCAUUCCCUCAAAAUUCUGUUCCCUGGUGGGGGAUGCAUUGGUGACCAGAUGAUGUGCCCAACUUUUUAAAGUAGCCUGCUGUCCUGGUUUGCUUGGGGUGAGCGUUUAUCUUUCAAAGGGGAGUUCCUCUCUUCACUGACAAUGCAGCUGUCAGAGGCAGGCAGUGCUGGCCACAAAGUUGGCAUGAUGGGCAAGGGCCAGUGGAGGUGGGUCGAUGGGAGGCUGAGGCGUACCAGUCGUGAGUAAAUACUGCCACACUCUUCGUCUUUUCCUUUGUUGGUUUUUGGGGUUUUUUGUACAUGAAUAAAUAAAAAAAAAAGCAUAUUUUGCACUGGCUCUUGUACUGUUGUGCAGAAGAAAUCUGUAUCUAGAAUCUGUGCUCCAGUCAAAAUGCAAAUAAAUCUGUUUGUAAGAA